GCCCAGGCAUCGCUGGGUCCGUGCCCUGGGCAGUGCAGCAGUGCCCCAGUGCCACGAGCUGAGGUGUGAUAGGAGCAGCCACGUCAGCUGAUGGAGACAGGGGCUAUAAAACACCUGCUGGCCCCGUGGCAGAGCCCACAUCAAGCCCACCAUGGCCAAGGUGCUGCCUGCCUGCCUGCUGGCCCUGCUGCUCCUGGCCCCAGCCCUGCUGGCGCAGCACGAGCGAGGGCUCAUCUUCAACCUGGAUACUGGGGAGCUGUGCCUGCAGAGUGCCCAGUGCAAGAGCGGCUGCUGCCACCGGGUCAACGGCCUCAGCCUGGCCCGAUGUGCUCCGAAGGCAGCUGAGUCCCAGGAGUGCUCUCCAAAGAGCAUCUAUGGGGUCUACUACAAGUGUCCCUGCGAGAGAGGCUUGACCUGUGACGCCAAUAAAACCAUCGUGGGCUCCAUCACCAACAGCAACUUCGGUGUCUGCAGGGACCCCCACGACUCCUACAGCCAGUGGUGAAGAAAGAGCUCCCCCUGUGCCCCUCUAUGCUGCCCCUGCCGCCCUGUAUUUCCUCCUCUCCAGGCAUUCCUGGGGCUGGUUGUGGGAGAAUUUGAAUUAAGACCAGCUUCUGCCAAGCUUCAA